AUGCUGGCCUUGAUACCACCUCCGCAUGAUCGGAAUCAAUCCGAACCCUGCAGUGUGUGGUUACGACGGUCCUACGCUCAGAUCUUUGCGCAAGCUGCUCUCCGUAUGGCAGAGAAGGAGAUCGAGGACUUUGCAGGCGGCUGGCCAAGUUCCGAUGGUUUGGCAGAAGACCGAACUUUCCAUCCGCAAUUACCAACCCAUUUGCACCCGAUUCUGGCCCUGAUCGUCCUCAGUGUGUAUAACUUGUGCCAAUGUGGUAAUAAGUCACGUAUGCGGAUGCGCGCCAAUCAAGCGAUUACGACAGCCAUGGAUUAUUCGCUUCACCAACUCGACGAGGACGCAACAGAAGCACAACGUCGAGCAUGGUGGACUGCGCCUUGGUCGCUGUUACUAAAAGCCCAGGAUGCCAUCGUCUCUGUCUGCGCUGUGAUGCGUCCACUAACCGCAAAGAGCCAAACCGGCUCACCGGCACUGGAUCUCCGGGAGCAGGCCUGUCGCCUCGACAGACACAUACUAUCAUUGGCGGCAGACUGUGACCUGGAGUCGGAAGCAGCGGAAAACGAUCGAGCCGAAACCCUGGCCGCUUCGAGCCUGUGGAAGACUGCUUGUGCCAUGACACAUACUGCCCGAGUCAAGCUCCAUCGCUACAGAGCCUUCUCCGACAUUCCCAUCUUCCUGGAGAAGCAUUGCGACCUUACUUUUCUCAAGCUGGAUGCUUUUCCAUCGCAGACCGCCUCACUUCCGGCGCAGUCGGAUCUAGAUUCCAUCUUUCCAUUCACCCAGAACGAGUCAUCGGUCAUCUGCUUAAAGUCGUCCCUUACGAUUUCGCGUGCCCUAGCAGGCCUACCACACUCAGGAUACCUGCCUCUGCGUACAGCAGAGAUGGGCGAACCAAGAAUCAGCUCCGAUGCCAGAGGGUGUACCGGAUCCCUGCCACUUUUUAAAUGUGCCGUGAUGCAGGCCUCCUACGUGUUGUAUAUGCUGGUGCACCGGCUCCGGGCAGCGCUGUCAUCAAAACGCCUUUCGGUCUGCUAUCCACUUCUAAACCACCCGGAGCCUGUGACCGAAAUUCAAGACGCUAAGCGAUUGAUAGAGGAGCUCCGCAACGGGGCUCAUUCUAUGAUUGGCUGCAUGAAGCGGGAUAUGAUCUUUGAAGGCAUUGGCGACAUGAUACGUGAUCUCGACGCAGCCUAUUUCUCUCUGUUUCCGAACUAG